AUGUCUUCUUCAUACUGGUACUGCUGUUACUGCCAUGGAGGUCCAUACAAUACACAGAUCUUCUCACAUUGCGACGGGUGCGGACACAAGAAGUGCAACUAUUGUUCGGUCGAGCGUGACCCCGAGCUACGUGCUGCCAGCGAAUUUCCAGACAUCGAUCCGGAGGAUCCCUAUGAAGCAAAAGUCCUCGGCGAGAAAACACGGCAAGAUUAUAGACUCGCUCGCAAUAUACCCACACCCUUCGCCGACCCGAACACUACACUCCCGCCUUACCGUCCAUCUAUACAGGCAGCAUGGGACUCUUUUAAUGUCAUUGCGGGUGUGGGAGCGGCGUUCGAAGCGGGAAGCUAUCCUGGGACAUUCAGUUCCUCGUAUUGCUCACAAAGGAACCGCCAUCCCAUGAGCGAGGGCGCCGUGGAUUCCUUCCAAGGGAGCAAACAGAGUAGCUGCUCAACCUCUCGAGUGGCUUCACCUGUUGUCUUCACCGCUGCAACGGUCGCACUCUACCACGCGCAUAAGGAGGACCAAUAUCAGGACCGAGUCUUGCUUGGUGGGAUCACGUUGGGUACUAUCAUUGGGAUGGGCAUUGGCAGGGACUUAUACGACACGAUCAUGAAGAUCAUGCCGUGGACAAUUCUGCUCUCUCUUCUAUGCAGCAUCUGUUUGCACAAGCUGCUAAAUAAGAAGCAUAGGGGACGAUGGCGCUCGCUCGGUUCCGGCUCCGACAACUCUGAGGGCAGCCAAUGCAAGAAUUCCGGGAGGAGAGUCUGA